CGGCGGGGAAAGAUGGCAGAGCCGGAGGCGCAACCGUUGCUGGCGGUGGGGCUGAUCGGAAACAAACCUGAUCAACCCAUCGAUUUACUUCCUUGCUGCUGUUUGGCAUUCUCACAGUGAACAUCUUUCCACCAUAGAAAAAGACACCAACGGAGAUGCUUUGUGGGUUUGGUGUUAUCCGUCCAUAACAGCUGAACUGAGGAAACUAUUGCUGCGAAAGUGCUGCCUCACAGAUGAAAAUAAAUUGCUUCAUACAUUUGUAUUUGGCCAAUAUAAAAGGUCAUGGUUCUACAUCACAACUGUGGAAGUUCAAGAUUCUCCAGCCUUGAAAAAGGUGACCCACUUCUCCAUUGUUCUGAUGGCCAAAGACUUCAACCCAGAGAAAUAUGCAGCCUUCACUAGGAUACUGUGUAGAAUCUACUUGAAGCAUGGAAGUCCAGUUAAAAUGAUGGAGAGUUACAUUGCAGUCCUUACGAAGGGGAUCUGCCAAAGUGAAGAGAAUGGAUCUUUCCUCAGCAAGGAUUUUGAUGCUCGGAAGGCUUAUCUUGCUGGUUCCAUCAAAGAUAUAGUAUCUCAGUUUGGAAUGGAAACAGUUAUUUUAUAUACAGCACUGAUGUUAAAGAAGAGAAUUGUAGUGUACCAUCCUAGGAUAGAAGCUAUCCAGGAGUUUACCAGGACUUUGCCUGCUUUAGUGUGGCAUCGACAAGACUGGUCAAUUCUUCAUUCAUAUGUACAUCUAAAUGAGGAGGAAGUGGAAGCCUUAAAAGCCUGUACAGGUUACAUUGCUGGAUUUACAGAUUCUGAAGUGAACAGUAGACCAGACCUGUAUGAUGUGUAUGUGAAUUUGGCAGAUAGUGAGAUCACUAUUUCCCCUGUAGUAAAAGAGGCAAUGACAAUGGGAAAACUUCACAAAGAAAUUGGACAACUAAUUGUUCAAUCUGCAGAAGAUCCAGAUAAAUCAGACAGCCAAGUCAUUAAGGAUAUUUCUCUGAAGACAAAAGAAAUCUUGGCUACCUUAGCCUCCCUUACUGAAGUUUCCGAUGGCAAUGAAAAACCAACCCUUAACUCUGAAGCCCUGAAACAAAAGCGAUUUCCACCAGCUACAGAAAACUUCCUUUUUCAUUUAGCAGCUGCUGAACAAAUGCUCAAAAUCUAAUUUUGAUGCACUGCAGUGUUAUGGACCAAUUAAAAAAUACUGUCUUUGCUGUACAGAUAGGUAUACUUGAUCCUUUAUAUGGAAAAAUUAAAGAUGUAAGUGAAUGUCAUAUUUACCGUGAUAUAAUGCAGAAUAUUGGAGCUUGACCGGGAACAUAUGGAGACAUAUUUGGAAACAUUCCUGGUGUCAUUGUCUUUCCCCAACUAUAACUUUGUAUAUAUGGCUCCUGUAUUUCAUAUCACAACGUGAGUGUAUAUACAAGUAGCGUGGGCCCGUGUGGCUGGGCUGUGCCAGACAUAAUUACAGUGGCUGUUUGUCCUGCAGGUUCCAGGUAUUGAACAGCUCUGUUCUUGCUCUGACUUGUCUUCCUGGGGUCUGGAACGUGGGCUGCAGUGUACAGGCUGUAAAACCAGUGCAGUUUGGAUGUGCUGGUCUUUGCAUAGGGAUACACUGAAUGCACAGGUGGUCUGAGUCCUCAUUCUGGGCUUCCAGGUAUGUCAGCCUGUCAGAUACUGCUCUUGCUCUGGACUGCCCAAUACCUGGUAAUCCCACGUAUAUGGACAAGUUCUCUUCUUUCUACUUAAAAGUGUCUAGGUGUAAAAAAGGAUGUCUGGGAAAAUCUGACAUGGUAGUCUUUAGUAUAUAAAGGAAGAGGUAUUUUAAAGUUCAAGUGGGAGUUGAGCACCAAUUUGGGACUCUUUUGCCUUAGAGGUUUUUCCCCCUUUCACUCGGUCCCAUGCCUCUGAUUGGAGGGAAAAGAGGACUUCGGGGGCUUCCUAGGUGGGUGUCACAGAGAGGUGCAGCUUUACAGCUGGAGUCAUUUAGGAAGUUGUUGACGUUCUCUGCUGAGAAGAUGCCUAGCUGUUAAUUCCUGAUCUAAUUGACAGAAAAUCAGAUUAGGUAAAGCCUAAGGAACUAGAAACAUUCAAAUAGCCAGGUAACAGGUAGAGCAUCAACCUCUCAAACUGCUUGAGCUGUAGAACAGGUACUAUCUGGUGGUGCUGUUUCUAGACAAUGUAGAUGGAAACUUUUGAAGUAAUAGUGAAAACUGGGAAAUAGUGUAGAGAAAAUUAAAAUCUACCUACUUGUUUGGUUGCAUAGCCAUAAUUCAAGAGAUUAUUUUUUUUCAUUGAGCAGCCUGAAACUAACUGCCUUGUAAUCUUCUGAGAAGAACUUAGAUUCUUUGUAGAGAAAUACUCUGAGCCAAAUGAUCUGUAUUUCUUCAGAAAUGUCCACAACAAAUCAGUCAAUUCUGCAAUAGCACUUUGUUAUAAGAAAACAUAACCUUUUUCCUGGCCUUUGUACAGAUAGGCUGUAGCAUGUGGUUUUACAUAGAGAUUUUAUACUUACAAUUAAAACUUUAGUAAUCAAUAUUUAUAUUGUUAAAUAAUUAGAUGUUUGCUAUUCUGGAACUGGUAGAGCUCAUCAAUUACUAUGUGCAAGCAAUAUUGGUUUGAAAAAGGGUUGUCCUUUUGUUAGGUGUUGUAUACUAAGGAAAUCUAAGGAAUGUGGCAUCUAUGUAUAAAAUGACUAGUAAUUACAGUCAGUAAAUAAAAGUGCUUCAGAAUAAUCCCCUAUUUUCAGGGGUGUAAAGUUCUACUUUAAACACUCUGCAGUUUAAAUUCUGAACACUGAAGAGUGUGCUUUCUGUUUUUUUUUUUUUUUAAACUUACGAGAAAAAUACUGCAAUUGCCUUUGUUUACCUGCAAGUGCUCUGCAGUUUUUUUUUUUUUUUGCAAUUUGCCCAUUAAUGUUUUUUCUUAAUGGUUCUUUAGUAUUGCUGCUUCUGUUUUGGGACUUUUACAAUGGUUGGAAUAGCAGAAAUGCAAAGUUAUGCUGAAAAUUCCAUUCAGAACCUCCUUUAAAGUCCACUGCAGUGGAAGUCUUUCACCAGGAAAAACCUGAACGUGCUAACAAAAACCCUUACAGUAUAUCAUUAAGGUAAUAUGUGUGUUAGAGACAACCACAAAAAGCAGAGAAGUUCAGUUACAGACUAAAUAUUGAAUGCUUAUUUUGUUUUCUGUUUUGGAAAUGUUUAAGUUGAAAAUCUUGGUGUUGUGUUAGAUCUUGUAAUCUGAUGUUUGUGUAAAACAAAUGAAAUACAAUUUUGCACUUAAGAAACUGGACUCAUAGCAUGCUUAUGUCAUUAAAGUCCUGAACAGUCUACCCUUUAAUUUAUGUAAAUGUAUUCUUGAAUAGUUGUGAGCACUGAGUCACAAACCUUGGCUGUUAGUUUCGCAAUACUGGGAUUAAGCUACAGCUUGAUGUUUAGGUCAGAAAUGUACUUCUGUACUUUCAAACAGUUUUGUCAUCUGUGCUGAAUUUUUUGUCAGCACUGAGAAAGCUGUAUUUGCCUCCCUCAGCUUCAGUAUUUUCAAAAGAUUGUCCUAAUGUUCUUGCAUUUUCUUAAUGACUUUUGACACUGUUUCUUCUCAAAAAGGUUUAGAAUAAAAUUGAAAAAUCUGGAAGGUCAGCAGAGGGAAAGAUUUCUGCUUUUUUCUCACUUCCCUUUCCCCAGGAUAUAUACAAGCAGACUGUGUGUGCAGUUGCUGGUUUUGCAAAAUUAGAUGACAUCCUUUCUUUUUCCUCCUAGAAGGAAAGACUGUGUAAAGUGAAAUUUUCAUUCAUGCCUUCUCAUCUUCCUGCCUUUCUGUUCUUGGAUGUGAACUGGUGAAUGAUGGCUCCUGUUGACCUGCUAGAAGAUGUGCCUCCGAAAGGCGUGCAGCACGUUGAGUAAUUAAAAGUCUUGAAUUCAAAUUAAAA